AUGUCAAAAUAUCAUAGAUUUCCCUUUACUUUCAUCUUGCUGGUGUUGCUAGUUACCGAUGAAGCAGGGGCGGGGGCAGGGGCAGGGGCAGUAGAUGGUUUUUCAAGGCUAUCUGGCGAGGCCCAUGUCCUGCUUUCCCUGAAGAAAACAAUUGCUGUUGCAGAAGGCUCGCCAGAUGUUUUGAGAGACUGGAAUGAUGAGUCUAAAUCGAAUUCAACUUCCCAUUGUUGGUGGAAGGGGGUCCAAUGUGAUAAGUCUUAUCUAGUUGUUGGACUUAACAUCUCCCAUAUGAAUUUGAAUGGCUCAGUUUCACCUGAAAUUGGGAAGCUACGCAAUCUUGUGAAUCUCACACUUGCUUCCAAUAAUUUCACUGGUCCUUUACCUAGUGAACUCUUCCAUAUUCCCACACUGAGAACCUUGAAUCUCUCCAAUAAUCUCUUUGCUGGUAGCUUCCCCUCCAGCAUUUCCCAUUGUAAGGACUUGCAAGUCUUAGAUGUUUACAACAACAGUUUUGCAGGGCCAUUGCCUGUUGAGUUGAGUGACCUAAGCAAGCUGCAACAUGUGCACUUGGGAAGCAACUAUUUUUCUGGCAAGAUCCCACUUGAAUAUUCAAGGCUGGGAAACUUGAGAUACCUGGCACUGGGUGCAAAUGAGCUUAUUGGGACAAUCCCAAGUGAGUUUGGCCAAAUUGUUAUGUUGGAACAGCUCUACCUUGGCUCCUAUAGUUCCUACCAAGGGGGGAUUCCUCCUGAGCUUGGCAACCUCACAAAUCUUCUUGUAUUGGAUAUGGCAAAUUGUACUCUUUCAGGGCCUAUUCCUCCUGAGCUAGGAAAACUAAGGCUACUAGAAACCUUGUACCUGCAAAUGAAUACCUUCUCUGGCCUAAUUCCUUGUAGUUUGGGAGAUCUGUCAAGCAUCAGAUAUCUGGACUUGGCUGACAAUGAUCUUACAGGCCAUAUCCCUGAAGAAUUUGAAAGGCUGCACAACUUGAAGCUGUUGAAUCUGUUUAAGAACAGACUACAUGGAACUAUUCCCUCUUUCAUAGCAGAGCUCCCUAACCUUGAACAGCUUGGGCUAUGGAAGAAUAACUUCACUGGCCAGAUUCCUCUGAAUCUAGGUAAGAAUAGCAAACUCAAGCACCUCGACUUCUCCAUGAACAUGUUGACUGGUCUGCUACCCCCUUAUCUCUGUAAGAACGAUGAACUCGAAUCUCUUAUUAUGCUACAGAAUGCUUUGUUUGGCCCCAUCCCAAAAGCUCUAGGCACCUGCAAGUCAUUAAGGAAGAUGCGUAUGGGACAAAAUCUCUUCAAUGGUGCAAUCCCAGAUGGCUUUCUCAAUCUUCCCUUGUUGGAGAUGAUUGAACUUAAUGAUAACCAUCUAGCAGGAGGCAUACCCACAUCCAUUUCUAUUUCUCUGAAGUUAGAACAUGUCAGUUUAUCCAAUAAUAGACUGAGUGGCCCUCUUCCCCCAGCAAUAGGUAAUUUGGUUCAUUUGCAAUCCCUUCUGCUAAAUGGCAACAUGUUUAAUGGGAGUAUUCCAAGCGAGAUAAGUAGACUUAAGAAGCUGUCUAAAAUAGAUUUGAGCAUAAACCAUCUGAGUGGGAAUAUUCCUCCACAAAUCACUGAUAUGCAGAAUCUCAACUAUCUUAAUAUCUCUAGAAACAGUUUAGUUGGGAACAUUCCAAAAAAAAUCGAAGGUAUGCAGAGCUUGUUGUAUGUAGACUUGUCCUAUAACAAUUUGUCUGGUUUGGUACCUCAGAGUAGGCAAUACGGUUUCUUCAAUGCAUCUUCCUUUGUAGGAAAUCCAGGUUUGUUUGAACCUUAUUUAGCUCCAGCUUACAACCAAUCUUCUCAAUCCUAUAGGAAAAAUGGUGUAUUUAUGUCUACUACUGCUAAAUUGCUUCUAGUGAUUGGGUUGUUGAUUUGCUCUUUGGCCUUCGUUAUUCCUGCCAUUUUUAAACUAAGAACCCUGUGGAAGUUAAAUUCCUCAAGGACCUGGAGACUAACAGCUUUCCAAAGACUCCAUUUCUCCUCUAAGGAUGUGCUAGGCUGCCUCAAGGAAGACAAUAUCAUUGGGAAUGAUGGUUCUGUCAUUAUCUAUAAGGGUUUAAUGCCAAACGGAGAACAAGUUGCUGUAAAGAAAUUGCUAGCUGUUGAUAGAGCCAGAAAGAUGGGCAGAGGCAGAGGCUUUUCUCCUGAUUAUGAUCAUGAAUUUAACACAUACAUUUUGACUUUAGGGAAUGUUCGGCAUCGGAAUAUAGUGAAAUUGUUCGGGUUUUGUUCGAACCGGGAGACAAAUCUACUUGUCUAUGAAUACAUGCCCAAUGGAAGCCUAGAAGAGCUACUCCAUGGCAGAGAAGGCGAGUACCUGCAGUGGGAGAUAAGGUACAAAAUUGCCAUAGAGGCUGCAAAGGGCCUUUCCUACCUUCAUCAUGACUGUUCUACACCUAUAGUGCACCAUGAUGUCAAGUCCAAUAAUAUUCUCCUCGCCUCCAAUUUUGAAGCCCGUAUAGCAGGGUUUGGACUGACAAAAUUCCUUCAAUAUUCUGCUGCCUCAAAUUGCAUGUCUUCCAUAACAGGCUCGUAUGGGUAUAUUGCUCCAGAAGAGGCCUGCACCCUUCAAGUCGAUGAGAAAAGUGAUGUCUACAGCUUUGGAGUUGUCCUGCUAGAGUUAAUAUGUGGGAGAAAGGCAGUUGGUGACUUUGGGGAGGAACUGGAUAUUGUUCAGUGGGUAAGAAAAAUGACUGGUUCUUCAAAAGAAAGAGUUAUGGAAGUCACAGACACGAGAUUGUCCAGUGUCCCUUUGCAAGAGGUGAUGCAUGUUUUCAAUAUUGCAAUGCUAUGUUUACAAGAGCGCAGUGAACAAAGGCCAAGCAUGAGGGAGGUUGUCCAUAUGCUUACUGAUUUCCCAAACACCAAAUCCCUCAAAUAAUAGCUUUGCCUGCACCAACCAAGAUGAAGAAGAGGAGCUCCAGACUCAAUCUAUUAUAUAGAAAAUCCAUUCUCUUGUGUGUGCCGAUCUGUUCAUGCUACUAUUAAUAGUAGGCUUGCAUUAGUCAGUAAUAAAAGAAUGAUAUAGAAAAUAUAAAUUUGGCUUUGUAAGGU